AUGGGGAUCAGAGAAGCUGGUGCGAUCACCUCUCUUGUUCCUGCAGGUUUGCCACCCGUUUUAUUUCACACUGACAGCAAACACUUCAGACACUGUUUACCCUCAGAACAAAACACCCGCCUCUGUCUCCUUCACAAAGAAGGACAGAGCAGUUGUCGAAGUACCAGCGAGACUGAAUCAAGAGACACUGUGUUGGCAGAGCUGCUUGUAGCUACCCGUGUUCUUCAGAAGGUCAUGGAUCAUGUGACAGUCCUGGUGUCUGUGAGGCUGUGGUGCCUAUUGAUGACGUCAUUGGAUGGCACUGGAGCCACGACAUUCCAGUCACUAGGUGGCACUGGCUCCAGAACGGUCAUCAGCCAGGAGAAGACAAUCCAGGCUCGCUCUACGAUAGAGUGCGCUGUUCUCUGCCGGAGGUUCCCAUACUGCAUUUCGUUUACUUAG